AUGAACGCAACAGGGGAGUCCGUAGGGACGAUGGGCGAGGACUACGACUCAGGAUGCUCGACCAGCGAAGAGGACACAGGGGCAUCCUUGCCCCCCUGGGAGGCAGCCGCAGCCUCCGUGGUCCUGGGGUUCCUGGUCCUGGCGACGGUGUUGGGGAACGCCUUGGUCAUCCUCAGCGUCUUCACUUACCGGCCCCUGCGGAUCGUGCAGAACUUCUUCAUAGUCUCCCUGGCGGUGGCCGACCUGGCUGUGGCGAUCCUGGUGAUGCCCUUCAACGUGGCGUACCUGUUGCUGGGCAAGUGGGUGUUCGGCAUCCACCUGUGCAAGUUGUGGCUCACCUGCGACGUGCUCUGUUGCACGGCCAGCAUCCUGAACCUGUGCGCGAUAGCCCUGGACAGGUACUGGGCCAUCACGGACCCCCUGAACUAUGCCCAGAAGAGGACCCUGAAGAGGGUGUUGGCCACGAUAGCGGGGGUUUGGGUCCUGUCCGGUGCUAUCAGCUCGCCACCCUUGGCGGGAUGGAACGACUGGCCCGAGGAACUGGAGCCAGGGACCCCCUGCCAGCUCACCAGGAGGAAGGGCUACGUGGUCUACUCGUCGUUAGGGUCUUUCUUCAUCCCCCUGUUGCUGAUGAGCCUGGUCUACCUGGAGAUCUUCCUGGCCACCAGGAGAAGGCUUAGGGAACGCGCCAGGCAGAGCAGGCUAGGUGCCGUGGCCUCCACCAGGCACAAGGAGACGGACGACCCCGAGGAGUCCGUCAGCUCCGAGACCAACCACAACGAGCGGUCCACCCCCAGGUCGCAGGCGAAGCCGUCGUUGAUCGAUGACGGACCCACCGAGGGUACUGCCACCGUCACCAGCACCACCACGGGGAAAAGGGGCCAGUCCAGGACCACCACCACUACGACGGUCUAUCAGUUCAUCGAGGAGCGCCAGAGGAUCUCUCUCUCCAAGGAGAGACGUGCUGCUCGCACCCUGGGCGUCAUCAUGGGCGUCUUCGUCGUCUGUUGGCUGCCCUUCUUCCUGAUGUACGUCAUCGUACCCUUCUGCCCUGUCUGCUGUCCCUCCGAGCGGGUCGUCUACUUCAUCACCUGGCUGGGGUACAUCAACAGCGCCCUGAACCCCCUCAUCUACACCAUCUUCAACCUGGACUAUCGACGCGCCUUCAGGAGGCUCCUCCACCUGGGAUGAAGGGCUCCAUUCGGUGGAGGACCAAGAAAGUUCUGAGACCCGACGGGG